AUGACAAUGAUGUCCAUCCAACUGCGCCGUGUGGUGUACCUGUUGGUACUUCUGCAAUGCUUUGUAUGCGUCUCAUAUGCAGAGGGCAAAGAAGGUGUUGAUUCACGGGAACCCAAAAGGAGUGAGGAGGAAAGACUGGAAGAAAGGUUAACAAGGGUGGUAGAUAGAGUGUAUGUUACCUUCGUACGGGGGAGCGGUUGUCUCUCUUUAUGGAAGGAGGUCGUGGGGGAGUUUAACAAUAGUGUUGGAGGUCUCCCGGCGAUCGCCGGUAAGUCCAGUGAGCCUGUUAAGACGUUGGCUGGUAUUGAGUCUCUUGGAGGGGAAACAGUUGAGAAAACCACAAGUGAGAUUAAAGGUGGUAUAAGUGCGUUGGAAGAUAUCGUGGAUGCAGUCGAAAAGACGAUCACAUUGGGGAAAGAAACAAGGUGGGUGGCUAUUAACUGUUUGUCCUCGAGGGGAGAAUGGGAUGGCGAGAAGGUGCAAUUUGCCUCGAACAUAGAUUAUUUUGCGGGAUUGCUCGGAAAAGGCAUCGAAGAGACGGUGGAGAGAAUGCGGCUCGUCAGAAACUGCAGUAAAAUACAGGAAGAGAUGUCUUACCUCGCGGGGAAUCUCACGGCACAUGAGGCGACAAGCAAUUUCGUCUUGAGGGGUUCAGAUAAAGCGUUGGAGGCCGCGAAGGUAGCAAUGGAAACCGCCAUUACGAAUCUCAAAAAGGUAAAGGACCUCGGUGGCGACCAUGAGGGAAAGUACAAGGAUAUCAAAUUACAGAUAGAAGAUGUCAUAAAAAAGGGCGAUGCGAAGGUAACCGAGCUCAAAAGCAUAUUGAAAAAGUUGCCGUUUGCAAAACAACAGCAGAAACCAACCCAGGGAAUCGGUGAAAGAUUAGAUAAGGCGUGGGGUGGAGAGGCACGACAAAAGGCGGAUGAAAUGGUGCCCAAAGUAAAUAAGAUGGUUGAAGAGGAACUGGCGAAAAGGGAAGAGGCAAAAAGACUGGAGAAGGAAGAACAGGAAAGAAAGGCUAGAGAGACGCAGGAGCAAAUAGAAAGGGAACAGGCCCAAAGGGCUGCAGAGGCGGAGGAGCAGAGAAAAAGAGAGGAACAGGCCCAAAAGGAUGCAGAGGUGCGGGAGCAAGAGAAUAAUGAGCAGGCCCGGAGGGCUAGGGAAGCACGGGAACAAAAAGAAAACGAACAGGCCCAAAAGGUUAGAGGGGCGCAGGAUAAACUGGUUGAAGAAGGAAGAGCAAAGGAAAAAGCGAGAGAGAUGGCAGAAAUGACCAAGAAAAAAGACGGCAGCCUCAGUCCUGCAUUGGUGCACAAUCCCUUACUCUUGAUGCUUCUGCUAUGUGUGCUGGGUUGCAUUCUCGUUUGCUGA